AUGAGCAUCGCGGUGCUGGGGCCCACCUUCCCCAACCUGGCCGCCAACGUCCACAAGAACGUCAGCGACAUCUACUACAUCUUCGUGGGUCGCUCCUUGGGCUACCUGGGCGGGUCGGUGGUCGGCGGGGUGCUCUUCGACUGGAUGAACGCCCACCUGCUCCUCGCAUUAUCCAUGUUGGGAACAACAGCUGGUCUUUAUGGGAUACCCUGGUGUGAGAAGUCCCUGCUGUUGACUGUCUUGAUGUCAGUCAUUGGAGCUUCCAUGGGAAUUCUAGACACAGGUGGCAAUGUGCUGGUACUGAACACCUGGGGAGCGGAGGCUGGGCCACACAUGCAGGCCUUGCACUUCAGUUUCGCCCUCGGUGCGUUCGUGGCUCCGAUCCUGGCUAAAAUGGCCUUGGGAGGCUCCAAAUCUCAAGACCUUCCAGUAGCUGACCAGGCAAACCAGUCUGUCUGGAGGUCUGUGCCGACAGCACCGUCUGCGUCAGCUGCCUCAGCGCUGAAACACCAUUUUGGUGCAGAUUUUUUGUGGUCCUAUGUUGUCAUAGGGACCUAUCUUCUGUUCGUUUCUUUCUUCUUUUUUAUUUUGUAUUCAAAGGGCGGCUCAGCUCGAGACAAAUCCAAGGCUGCUUCGCAGAAAGGCAUGUUUGCCAAGUACCACUAUGCCCUGAUUACUCUCCUGUUCAUCUUCUUCCUCUUCUACGUGGGAGCGGAGGUCACCUACGGCUCCUACAUAUUCACUUACGCCAAGGUCUUCGCCGAGAUGAAAGAAAACGAAGCAGCCGCUUUGAAUUCCGUCUUCUGGGGCGCGUUUGCCGCCUGCCGAGCGGUGGCCAUAUUCUGCGCCGCUUGCUUGUACCCCGGCACCAUGAUCCUGCUGAGCAUCAUCGGCUCUGCCCUCUCCUCCUCCUGCUUGGCCUUCUUCGCCCGCUACCCGGCCUCCCUGUGGGUGGGGACUGCUGUGUACGGGGCGUCCAUGGCCACCAUCUUUCCCAGCGGCAUUUCCUGGAUAGAGCAGUACACGGUCGUGCAAGGGAAAUCGGCUUCUCUCUUCGUGGUGGGCGCGGCGCUGGGGGAGAUGUGCAUUCCUGCCGCCGUGGGGUAUCUCCAAGGGAGGUUCCACCACGUCCCAGUGGUGAUGUACACCGCCCUGGUGACUUCUGCCAUGACGUUUGUGCUCUUCCCGCUGAUGUACAAGUUGGCCACCUCUCCCGCCGGGAGCGACCUGAAAGAAACGAGUGAGAGCGAGGACCGGAAAGCUUUGUUGUCAAACUCGGGGCUUAAUGAGGAUGAAGAGGAUGAGGAGGAUGCGGGGGAGUGGAACGAAGCAGACUUUGAGGUAAUAGAAAUGAAUGACACGCUGAGAAACUCUGUGAUAGAGACCUCCCGGAAGAUCCCGGGGGACUCCGCGGCCACGGUCUCUCUCCAGCCCCCCCUGGACGAUGCCUUGUCCGAUUCUCCAGCAGUUGCCAGUGGCUCCCCUGGGAGAAAAAACGUGAGUGCUGACCGGGAGAAGAAUGACUAAACUAAAAGCUGACUGAAUUUUUUUUUCAUUAUUAUUUUAUUUUAAAGGGAAAUGCAAUUGAAUUGCAGCCGUUCUCAUAACGUGGUUCAAGAAUCCUUUUAUAGCGGCGCAGAGCUCAGCGCGUUCGUCUCUCUUUGUCCGGCCCUUUCUCCUCUCUCAUUUCAAUGGGCAGCGACGUGUCUCCAAGUGGCCGAGUCCACCGUGACGUGAACGGGGUAACGUGAUAAGACACAUAGACUAUACCAAAAAUGUUAAAACAUACAUAAGAGAUGUUUUCUAAAUGUGAGAUGCACAUUUAAGUACUAUAUGCUGUAAUAAGAACUAACUAGGAAAGACGGGGACUGCUCCGACCACUCGGUGUUUUGGGGAUGGGUGGAAGGGGCAGUUCUGAGGUGCUUCAUCACAGCGUGUCCGCACGAGAGAGGAGAGAAAUCUGUUCUCUGGGCUGCUGAGCUUGCUUAUCUCCUGAAAGAAAAACGUUUCUCCUGUGUUGAAAGUUUGUGUGACGUAAACCGGGGAAUCAAGUCACAUUUCAGGUGAUGUCCAGGGGCUGUAAAUCACUUGGCCCGUUGGCAAACUCUAUAAUUUCCUGGUUCUGUCAGUAAGAGGAGAAAAAAAAUUAUAAAUGAAUUUUUAGGACUGGAACCAUGCCUUUGGGCCGUUUAAAAGUAGAGUAUGGGAAGGGAGACACAACGGGUUGUAUUAAUCUGCUAUAAUGCUUAAUUCUGAUUUACGAGUUGAACAGUGGUGACAAAUCUGAAUAGUCUAAAGUACUUGUGAUUGUACUUGUGAUUUUAAUUACUGCACUACCACUGAAAUCAAGAAGUGUGUGAAGAUAGAAGUAUAUAUAAACAGAUUGUUUAAUAUAUGGUAUUGACAUAGGUGGUAUUUUUAAGCCAGUUGUUUAAAUUAAGGGUGUAAUGAUUUUUCUGGCUUCCUGUGCCAAGACACAGUGAUGUGUUAGAGAGGGAAUUACUGAUGAGAGGGUCCUUUUGGGUUGCCCUGUGCUAUCGCUUGCCCCUGGCCAGCUGGAUCGGUGCUAUUUGGGCUUUGUUUCCCUGGGUGAUGACUUCCAGGUGGGCUUUUCCCAGCGGAGCAGCCCUGGUUUCUAUUUGCAAGGCCAGGGAAGGAGCAGUGCUGCCAGCGAGCUCUCCCCAGGGAGAGAAAAAAAAAGCAGCAGCUCAUGGCAAAAAUUGGACCUGGAAACAGAAAUUGUGCAAUUUGUCUACUUGACACUUAAAAUUUUUUUUAAGGUUGCGUGAUCAGAAUGUGAUCACAUCUGUGAUGGUUUUUUUUUUUUUUUUUUCUACUUUGCCCUGUUAGGAGCAUUUUUCUUGCUAAGAAGUUUUAUUUACCGACAGAAGCGCUCUAGAUGUAGCACAGCACAGAACCUUCCGUGUUGGGUGUAUUUUCACGUCUGGUUUUGUUCCCUCUCGUGUCCUCUGAGUGCGCAGCCUCGUGGCCUUGUCCUUUCUGAGGCGUUAGCGAGAAGCAGGAAUCAAAUUGUAGUGAAAACGCUUAAUUUUUUUACAUCUUGCCACGUUGAAGGGCCUCCCUUUCCCUCUCCUGUUGGCAUUUAAAUGCCAUUGUGUGUGGUUUUUUUUCUCCAAUUCCUUUCUUUUGACUCGUGCGUCCCUGCCCUUCUGUGGCAUCUUCUCCAGUGCAAUGCAUGAACCUGCGCUUUAACACAGGGAGUUGUUUCACUUGCUGUGCAAGGGCUCUCCUCUUUGCUGUAAGUGGUGGUAAAUGCUUUUAACUACGGGGCCGAGUCCUGGUGCAGGUGCACAUGACAGUGUGUGUGUGACACGUGCUCAGUUAGUGCGGGGUUCAUGAUUGAAUGGUCCUUUUUGCUCCUGCAGGCUACAGUAAUGGCUUGGCCUUGCAUGUGUAAGGACAAAAUUUGGGAGGGGUGUGUGUGUGAUAACUGCUUCUGCAGGAAUUUCCUCCUCCCCCCCUCCAGGGAGGUCUUGGGUUUCCUUUGGCAGAAAGUAGGUUUGGCGUGGGACAGGCCGGAGCAGAGAGGGACCCAGAGGCUUCACCUGAAUUGGUGACGAUGGAAAAAAAGUUUCCCCCAACCUGAGGUCAUGUUGGCACAAGAAAAUGAGUUUAAGAAAGGAAGGCACCUGGCACCCAGGAAGAGUUUAAAUGACCCCACCCAAUUCAUAUGCUAAUUUUUGGAAUGUCCUGCAGGUAAGAUUGUUCUCAGGGAUAGUUUACACACCUUGCAGAAUCAAUUACUAAAAAACCAGAAAAUGAAAUGAAAGCCACAUCGGGAAAUACGCUGUAACCUCUUUGAACCUUACCUACUUACCGCUUGUAUGUGUGCACAUAUUUGUGUUUCUGACUAAUGUCUUCCCAACAGAUGUAAAAAUAUUGUGCAAAACAAAGAUUGUUAUUAUUGUUUUUACUGGCUGUAUUAAUAAUUCCUGCACGAGUCACUUGAAUUCAUCCCCGUUUUCCCCCUUAAAAGCAGGAGGCCUGUGUAGUGGGAAUGGAGCAACAGCCUGGAACGCCAAGGUAAGAGCAGAUCUUUUGCUAAAGGUAAAGGCUCCAGGAAGCAGUGGCGGGAGGAGAGAGGGGAACUCCUGUAAUUAUCUGAACUGGCACCACGUAGGAUCACAUGGGAUUGAUCCGUGGAGGCCUUUGGCUGGAUGACAAUCUAAAUUUUGAGUCAUCUUAGUGAGCACUUAAGGGAGCGAAGGCUCUAAUUCUGGCCUCAAACUUGAAAUGGAAUGUGCUUAGAGAACUUGGUCUCCUCAUCCCCUAAAAGGAUGCUCUUAAGCAUUUAAGCUUUUUAAGCACUGAAGGUUGCCCUUCAAUGAAAAUGGAAUGUUUAAAGCAAUUAAUUGAGGAAUUAAUUGCUCUAGGCAAUCCUGCUUCAGCAGGAGAGUUGGACUAGAUGAUCUCUAUGGUCCCUUCCAACUCUAAAAUUCAGUGAAAUUCAGUGAAAAACAGAUCGAGGACAUUGCUGAUGACGAGUCCAGCUCACAGCAGUUCUAGGCAUCCUUGACAUUCAAGGCUGUAGCUUUCCCAGUUCUUGGAUUUUUGAUGUUCUUCAAGGCUUGUUUUUAGACAGUGAAUGUUAGUUGUCACAUGCGUAAAUUUCCUUCCAAAGUAAAUGGCUUCCUGGCAUAUACAGUUAAAGUGAGGAUCUAUUUACAGUGCCUUUAAGUUACAGAUCCUCCAGAAAGCUCAAAGACUUAAACUUACGUUAUGGGUUGAAAUUACUUGUAGUAAACUGUAUUAUUUUACCAUUGCUUUGCUUACGCUGGAAAAGUCAUCUCUGUGGUGAGGCCAAGAGCUGUGGUCCGUGGAUGACACACCUGAAUUUAGUAAGAAUCCUAUUUCUGUCCCUAAAAAGAGGAACGGGUCGAAGAAGGUAGCCUCUUGCAGUUGAUGAUCAUUAGUUAGUAUUUUUGUUGAUCCCUGAAGCACUGCCAAAGGCGGGACUGUACCCCAAGCACUGCCACCCUCCUCCUGCCAUUUGCACUUUGGUUGCGCUGGAAUGCGAGAGCAGAGUUUUGUGCCUUGAUGGGUUUUGGUUUUUAAUUACUUUGCAUAAAAGCGCCUCGCAAUCUGUGGAUGUUCUAGUAUAUAUUUAAUAGUUUUUAUUCUGCUUGGCGUGGGUUUACAUUGUACUGUAGAAUGUGAAACUUAAUAGACUGACUUGUAUCUUGAAUGUAAUAAGUUCUUAACUGGAGAAGGCACUCAGGUUCCUUAAUGUAAAUAAAGUUUUGUUCUAUUUUUCAAAGCUA